CAGACGGGUCGGGCAUAUGCCCACCCAGGGGCAUAGAAUUCUAUCCCAUGUUCCCAUUCGCAUUCACUUAACUCAAGAUGUUGAUGCUAACAGAUAUUGGAAUUAUGGUUGUGAAUUAGGAAUAGUUUUACAAUUUUAAGGUCUUCAAAAGUCCAAGAAAAGGCAACACAGGGAAUAAGAAAUAAAAGAAUAAAGCAGAGCUGAGCUACCAGAUUCUGGGUCUGUACCUGAAUGCACCAUCCUUUCUCCGCAGACGUAGGGGGAAGUGAGUUCCGCAGUUUUAUUUGGAAUUUGCAGUUCAUGGUCCUUCAAGAGCUGCCGCAAAUUCCUUUUAGCUGCUCGCGCUCCGAUUGGACGAAAGGCUGAUUGAUAGGGGCGUGCGAGGCUCGGCUUCCUGUUCUAGAACAUGGCGGUAGAACGCUGGAACGCGGUGAACAUUCCAUUCCCGGGCACUUGUUGCACUGUGGCCGUGCCCACGUGCAGCAGGGCAGGUGGAUGCAUACAGGAUCUUGUAAGAGCCUGUGAAAAUGUCUUAAAAGCAUUAAGGAAUAAGCUUUUCACAGUAGAGCUUAAUGUCCUACAUUCUCUGUUAUAUGUUUUCCACAACAGGUUACGUCAACACAAACCUUAUCUUGCAUUGAAGCAGAUUGAACAAUGUGUAAAGCGUUUACAUAAUAUGCAACUUGAAGGUUCAAUUCAAGACCUGAUCAAAUUAUGUCCAAGCAUGCCUAAGAUACAAAAUACCAAGAUAAAACAUGUCCCCAGCCAACCAGUCCUGGAGUGGAUGUCGCUGAAAGUGAUGGGGGGCUCGAAGUUGAUGCUGCGCCUGAUGGAUAUGUGCUUCAAAGCAUUUCUUUUGACUACUCGAUAUCUUCGUUGUGAAGAAUUUAUAGUCCUAAAUGUGGUUGUUGCAGGAUUGAUCAGCAGACUCUGGGUCCUAUUUAGAAGUAUUAUACUAAGCCUAGAUUCUUUGUAUGACAAACUGUUCCUGUUACUGACUGAGGUGACUAAAAUUCAACAUAUGACCUAUUUGAAGGAGUUUCACUUCCCUGUUAGUAUCAGACAGUGGCUUGGUCUUUCCUAUUCCAAAGUGAUACAAAUGAAGUUGCCAAGUCUUUCGUCUCAGAUGAGUGGAAUGCCUUCAGGAAAGACAAGUUUACUUGACAAUUUGUUCUUGGGGCCAGAACCUUUAUUAUUGGAGGAUGAGCAGUAUGCAACAUCAGAAGGCAAUAAAAUGAGUGACAUCAUCACCCCUAAAACAAAUCAAAUUCCAGAUAUCAGAUUCCCUGUACAGGAUGAGAGAUUUUGUGAAAUUGAAACUGGAAUUCAGUUGGGAUUUGAAACAAAGUCUCUGCAAGCUCACAGUCAGAACUAUUCUGAGAAUAUCCAGAAGUUUGUGAAAGAAUUUAACUGCAGAAGUUCAAAGAAAAAUAAGCAACCGCUCCCUUUGCUGGAUGAGUUUGUGAGAAGGAUUGGUGCAACACAGACUUUCAGUGUACUGUGUUGGGAGCUUCAGACAAUAUUCCGUUGGUUUAGGCACAGUAAACUAAAAUAUGAAACCUGCUAUUUAGGAAAUCAGUUUCUUAGAUGUCACAGGCUUAGAAUGGUGGAAGCUCUUGGCUACAGUUUUCCAAAGAAGAUCUAUUUCAUAAAACUGGCCAUCUGUAGAUAUCUCACUCAAAGGUCUCGGGGAAAAUUGCAUCAAGAUAAAAUGUUCAAAAAUUGCAAGAGCACAGUGACCCGUCUCCAGAAUUGUAAGAUGAGGCAAUCAAAAUUAUAUAAGGUGUUGCCAAGAGGAAAAAAGUCCUCACUCAAAAAGAAAUGGACAAGGAUUAGACUUUAUGCAAAGAAAGGAAGCAAAAGGACAUUACAAACUACUCCACGUUUUGCAUUUGAUACACAAGCUGCCAUAAAGAGACAAUGCAUUCCUGGAAACGUGCCUGCUGAAUUUGUUGGGAACAGUGGUUUGUAUCAGAAUCUCGAAAAUAUGACAUACCCAUUAGGUUCUUUGGGAGGAGGUUCUGCAGUUCUGCCAAAGGUGGAUGAUGAUAUUGAUGACAUUUUUGCAUCGAUUGGUGUAUAAUUUGUUCCUUGAAAUUUAAAACAACUGCAAAUGAAAGAUUUGACAGUGCAGGAUAACUGGAAAAAAACUUGGAGAAGUGCAUUUCUUUCGAUUGUGGAUUUGAAAAAAGAAUGUAUAAUUUGUAUAUUGCAUUAUGCUUGUGACACUUUGUGUGGCUCUUUGGCUCUUGUAGUGGCUCUUUGUAUUUCUUUUCUUUUAAAACUGUUUCAGGGUGUUAGGACUUUUUUCCUUUUUGCCACCCUAUUUUCCUUCAGGUUUUCAGUUUUGCAUUCAUAUCACCUGGAUUUUGCAGUUGUGGUUAUAAGCCUGACUAGUUUGUUAUAUUUAUGGUAUAUUUUCCUACAUUUUCAAGAGAUGGGUCUUCAAAAUCUUUUCUACCCUGCCGAAAACUAGUUUGGUGCUGUUAAUCACCUCUUGUUAUGAUUUCUAAAAUCAUCACUUUUUUAAAAAAAUUGCACAAGAUUGGUAUAAAUUUGAAAGGAGUAAGAUGUGGCAAUUAAAAUUAUACAAGUUGUUGCCAAGAAGAAAAAAGUCCUCACUCGAGAAGAAACGAACAAGGGUUAGACUUUAUGCAAAGAAAGGAAGCUGUUUUUUUUUUCCUUGAUAGUUACUGCAAAAUAGUUUUCUGCCACACAAAUGGACCAUUACCUAGCUUUUCUGCACAUUUACCUUACUUAAGUUCAUUAUUUUACAGUGCAGUAUUUCACAUAUUUGCAAUUUCAUGUGAGGCUGAGUAACAAAAGCAGCAUUGUAAUAAUAUCUCUUGGCUUAAUUGUUAAGCUCCAAAGUGUACAAACUCUUAGAUAUGGUCUAGAAUCCCCUUGACAACCUGCAGUCCUGUUUCAGCACUGAUGUAAAGCCAGAUUUUUUGUCAGUUCCUACUGGUGCACUGUGUGCUUCUCUCAUUCAGGAGUGGGGAGCUAGUAUUGUAUUGCCACAUGUAGUGAAAUCAACAGCUUUUGUGUCAUAGCGCUAUUAUUUCCCUUCAUCAUUUUGUUCAGUUUUCGGAAAUUACACUCUGCAAUGGUACAAUCAGUUCUUAUAAUAAGUUGAAAUUUUCAUAAUAAAUGUCUGUGCAAAAAUUUGAUAAAUUAUAAAUCUUUAUCAUUUAAAAAAAACAUAAAUGCAAGUAAUUUUUAAAACAAAUAUAAAAGACAGGAGGCAGUCACAAUCAUCUGCCAGUAUCUUUGGUCAAAUAUUGCUGAUGGAACCGCAUUAAUCAUCACUGAAAUUAGUGAAUGGUUCUCAAACAUGUUUUGGCUGUGUGCUGCAGAAUCGUUUUAGUGUCUUAUAACCCAUUUGGAACAUUGGUAACUAUAAAGAGGACAGCCAUCAUUCUUGUUUUCAUUUAUCUUUCUCCUUCCAUUCUGCUUUCCUCUCCCUUUUUCCUCAUUCUGUCUUGACUGACUUUCAUUGUCUUCUACACCAUUAUGCUAAUGCAUGGGAAGUAAUAGGAGUGAGCAGGCAUGAUGACUGAGCAAGAAGUGGCAGUAGUUUGAUGAUAGGGCUCCUUACUGCAUUGGAUUGGCUGGAUCACCACAGUUUUGAGAUCUGUUCCAGCUCCAUUCUUCCCUCUUGGAUGCAACACGAGAAAGGGAGGUUACAUAGAGGAGGACAUGGUGCGAUUAACCCAUGAUAAGAACGUACAGCUUUUUAAGUUUUUUCAAACAAGAAAACACUCCAUUAACAUCGGUAAAGGUAAAACCCAAAUGACCUCAACAAGAAUAUUAUCAAGCAUGUAUAUGCAUUAAGCAAAAUCUUUAUAGGUUUGUACUUGUAUCCAAGUCAUAACUUGAAGAAUUCUCUGCUGGGAGCCGCCCCUUCAAGAUACCGUUCUGGUAUUUCUCUUCCAAAUGAGGGGCCCCAUUUGGUAAGAAAUCGCUUGGUACUCUCUCAUCUGCUUGAAAUCCUCCAUUUGUUAAAGCAUUGGCUGGGAUGGAUUUUUCUUCAUCAUUUGCAUAUUCUGAAGAAUCGUCUGUGGUGCUCUUGCCAUACCAUUUGUAAAGUUGAUAAACUGAGUAAAAUACAAAAUGUUAAGACUUUCA